AUGGCUCCUUCAAUCUCUGCAAAAGGCACGCUCGUCCUCGGGCUGCUCUUCGCGUCCGCGCUUCUCACUCUCGCCGCCCGACCGAAAUGCGUGCUGUACUCGAAUUGGGACGUGACGGACAGCCAGCAGACGCAGGCAAAGACGAAGGGCAAGUCCACCAAGUCCCUGCCCAGUGGCAAACUUACCAUCAAGGAAUACAAAGGCAGCUCAGAUGAGUCGUUCGACCUGCAGGUGUCUGCGGAGGUGACGGAGCUCCCCGAGCCGCCCGUGGGAAUCGUUAUCGGCAAGGGCAAAUUCGGCAGCAACACGGGCGUCUCGUGGUACAUCAACCAGCCGUGGAGCGGCGGCGGCGGCUCGUACAAGCUCGACUUUAAGCUGACGGGAAUUGAGAAGAUCGCGCCACGUGGAGGCAGCGGCACGAUUCUGGAGGUGCUGCAGGCUGUGGAUAAGGGCGUUGUGUCAUCAUACUACACGUCUGUCCUCACAAAGUCGACCAGGAAAUCUGGUGGCCUCGUUGGUGGGGGAUUCGUCAAGGGAUUCCCCAAUAUUUUGCCCAUGUUCAGCUGCUAA